GGGGAGGAGAGAGAGAGAGGGAGAAGGAGUGAACGUCCUGACCUGUUGCUGUGGGAAAUCCGAGUGGAGAUGGGGAACGGGCCCCACCCCUCACCUGGAAUCUCCCGGCGGGAUCGCCCUGUGCAGCUACAUGUCCCAUCAGCCCCCUGGCUCGGACUGGGACCGUGUCAGGAAGCUCUCAGUAACUUUCACUUUCACUGUCGGUCCUGGUCCCAGUCGCAGCUCGCUCUCUCUCUGUCUAUCCGUCUCUCUCUGUCUGUCCGUCUCUCUCUCUCUCUCACACUCCCCCUCUCCCCACCCCGACCUGACCGCUGGUGACCAUGGCCACUCUGCCCAUCGACGGCUCGACCCAGCUUGAAGUCUUGCGGCAAAAACUGUGUUCACAGGUGAAGGAGAUCCAGGUGACUACCUGCCAGAAACUGCAGGAGCUGACGGAGUUGCUGGAGCACGGAGACCUCAACAUCCCGGAUCCAAAGGCAAUCCGUGUGGAGCUCGAUAUUCCCAUUCCCGAUCCGGUGAAGGACAAACUGAAGGAAGAGGCGAAGAAGAAGAGGGAGGAAGCAAAGAAGGAUAAGGAUAAGGAUAAGGAUAAGGAGAAGGAUAAAGGCAAUGAAGAUGAGGGUCCCCCCUGCGGCCCGGUGCCCACCAACGAGAAAAUGGUGGCCCUGAUAGCGAGGGUCAAGCAGGAGAUGCGAGCGCUGAAGGAGGCCAACAGCGUCGUCAGCUUGUGGCUCCAACUGAAUAUUCCGAAAAUCGAAGACGGGAACAAUUUCGGAGUGGCUGUGCAGGAGAAGGUGUUUGAGGCGAUGACUAACAGUCGCACGAAGAUCGAUGGCUUCCUCACCCAGAUCACCAAGUAG